ACGGGCAGCCCCGGGGAGGUCCCCUGCUCACGUGGAGCCGAGACCUAGGUGGUGGCUGAGGAAAGAGACGCGAUGAAGCCAAGGCCCGUAGGCUUCGUGGAUAAUAAGCUGAAGCAGCGAGUCAUCCAGUAUCUUACCAGUAACAGAUGUGGCAAAUAUGUGGACACUGGAGUCUUAGCAUCUGACUUGCAAAGAAUGUACAGUAUAGACUAUGGUCGAAGAAAACGAAACGCUUUUAGGAUUCAAGUAGAAAAAGUAUUUAGCAUAAUUAGCAGUGAGAAAGAAAUUAAGGAUAUAACAGAAUUGGAAGAUGAACAUUUGGCAAAAAGAGCAAGACAAGGUGAAGAGGAUAAUGAGUAUAUGGAAAGCUAUUCUGAUGAUGAUUCAAAUGUGGAAGAUUACCCAGAUCCACAGUCAGCAAACCAUAUGAACAGUUCCCUGGUCUCCCUAUAUCGGAAAGGAAAUCCUAACUCUGUUUCAAGUACUCCUGAGGUGGAGCAAAGAGGAACCACGGUUUCAACACCACGAAUCACUUCCAAAACAGGCUCCAUUCCUUUGAAGACCCCUGCCAGCAGUUCUGAAGGAGGAUGGUUCAUUGACAAAACUCCAGGUGGAAGCAAAGAUGGUUUUUUCUUGGACUUGUCAGAUGAGAAAAGUAAUCAGAAGAAACCAAUAUCUGAGAUAGAGGAUUCGAAAGAUUUUUCUCUUCUGGAGAAUGAUAAAAAACGGAAAAGCAGGCUAAAGAGGAAAGGAAGCAAAAGGAAGAUAGAACUUCAGGAAGUAGAUGAAGAAAUAGAAGCUGUCCUGCAACAGAAAGUCAAAGCCAGGGGACUAGAAUUGCAGAUCUCCAAUGUGAAGUUUGAAGAUGUUGGAGGCAAUGACACCACAUUAAAAGAAGUCUGCAAGAUGCUCAUUCACAUGCGUCACCCGGAGGUGUACCAGCACCUAGGUGUCGUGCCCCCUCGUGGAGUCCUUCUUCAUGGGCCACCAGGCUGUGGGAAGACAUUACUUGCACAUGCGAUUGCUGGGGAACUUGACCUUCCAAUUUUGAAAGUGGCUGCUACAGAGAUUGUAUCUGGAGUAUCUGGAGAAUCCGAACAAAAGCUGAGAGAACUAUUUAAACAAGCUGUGUCAGAUGCACCCUGUAUCCUUUUUAUUGAUGAAAUUGAUGCUAUUACCCCCAAAAGAGAAGUUGCUUCAAAAGAUAUGGAAAGAAGAAUUGUAGCCCAGCUUCUAACCUGCAUGGAUGAUCUGAAUAAUGUGGUGGCUACAGCCCAGGUCCUGGUCAUUGGAGCCACUAACCGACCAGAUUCUUUAGACCCUGCUUUGCGACGUGCGGGAAGGUUUGACAGGGAAAUAAGCUUGGGUAUCCCAGAUGAAGCAUCCAGAGAAAGAAUACUUCAAACUUUGUGUAGAAAACUAAGACUUCCUGAGACUUUCCAUUUUCGUCACUUAGCACACUUAACGCCAGGCUUUGUGGGUGCUGACCUGAUGGCACUCUGCCGGGAGGCAGCCAUGUGUGCAGUCAAUAGGGUCUUAAUGAAGCUACAGGAGCAGGAGAAGAAGGGUCCUGAGACUGAAGGGCUGUCUUCUGGAAAAAGCCAGGAAGAAAUGAUUGGAACUGAUCACAAUACUAAAACACAGGUGCUAUCUAUACAGGAUGAAUUACAAAGGCUGCUAUUGUUGCUAAGAAACCAAGACCCCCUCUCUGAGGAGCAGCUGCAAGGGCUGUGCAUUGAAUUGAAUGAUUUCAUUGUUGCUCUCUCUUCUGUCCAACCCUCUGCCAAAAGGGAGGGCUUUGUAACUGUUCCUAAUGUGACAUGGGAAGAUAUUGGUGCCCUGGAAGAUAUUCGAGAAGAGCUCACCAUGGCCAUAUUGGCACCAGUACGUAACCCAGAUCAAUUCAAAGCUCUUGGAUUGGUGACGCCAGCUGGAGUCCUCCUUGCUGGUCCUCCUGGCUGUGGGAAAACUCUGCUGGCAAAGGCUGUUGCAAAUGAGUCUGGGCUAAAUUUUAUAUCUGUCAAGGGCCCUGAAUUACUAAAUAUGUAUGUUGGCGAGAGUGAACGUGCUGUGCGACAGGUUUUCCAAAGAGCCAAGAACUCAGCACCCUGUGUCAUAUUCUUUGAUGAAGUGGAUGCCUUAUGCCCUCGAAGAUCAGACCGGGAGACAGGGGCAAGUGUCCGGGUGGUAAAUCAGCUGCUUACAGAGAUGGAUGGUCUGGAAACACGUCAGCAGGUUUUUAUUAUGGCUGCUACUAACAGGCCAGAUAUCAUUGACCCUGCAAUCCUGCGUCCAGGUCGCUUGGACAAAACACUCUUUGUGGGUUUGCCAUCCCCAGCAGCUCGUCUUGCUAUCCUAAAAACUAUCACAAAGAAUGGCACCAGACCCCCACUGAAUGCAGAUGUAAAUUUGGAAGCGAUUGCUGGUGACCAUCGCUGUGAUCGCUAUUCGGGUGCAGAUCUCUCUGCUUUGGUACGAGAAGCUUCUCUUUGUGCUCUGAGACAGGAAAUGGCAAGACAGAAGAGCGGAGAUGAAAAAGGUGAACUCAAGAUUAGUCAGAAGCAUUUUGAAGAAGCUUUCAAGAAAGUCAGAUCUUCUAUAUCAAAAAAGGAUCAAGUGAUGUAUGAAUCCCUGCCAUGGUCCCUCAGCCAGUGACUUCAGCAGUGGGCCUGGAAGGAGGACAGCACAUGGAACUGGCAGAGAAGCCCACAUGUCUGAGCCACCCCCUUUCAGGUUGACACAGAUGUGGCCUCAUGUAAGCAUUUUAUUCUUGAAUUAAUGAGGCAAAGCUGAAGCUGAAGAUUCUUUCUGUCUGGCAUCCAUAUGUAGAAACACCCUACCUCCUCUCUAAGAAAAUGAAAACAAUUAAAAACUGCUAAUAAAAUAGCUAAUACUUUUUAAAAAUAAAA